GCCAGCCAGCCAAGAAGCAGCAACAGCAUCAUCAUCACCAUCAUCUUCUCGAUCUUCAAAAAGGAGAGAGAGAGAGAACAAGUGAAGAGAGCCAAACUCCGUCCCAGCAAGAUGCCCUGCAGUGCGGUAACGCUGUCGCUCGCGACGAUAUCCGCCAUCAUCGCCGUUGCCCUGUUGGCAAUCGCCUUCUCCACCGACAACUGGCAGAGCUAUGAAGUGAAGCGAACCAACAUACAGAACUUUAUUGCGAAACAUCCCGAUGCAGCUGCACUGACGGACAGCUUCAACAAUCGACUCAUCUACUACACGCGGACGCGCGGCCUGUUCCGGUACUGCUACCCGAAGGAACGUCCUCCAGCGUCGUCCGUGCAAAUCUACCUGUCGCCGGUCGAAACCCACUGCUCGAACAUCGACUACUUCCCCGCGAACGAAGAGCACAAGGAGUCGGACUCGUUCACCGAUGACAUCAUGACCCGACUGCAUCUGGCACGCUCCGUCAUUGCUGCCUUCAUCCUGAGCUUCGUCGUCAUCUUCUGUGCCUUCUGGACUGGCCUGUCCGGAUGCUGGAAGCGUUCGGCCGGUGCAAUUACGGCGACCGCCAUCCUUAUGCUCACCGCCUGCCUGCUCGCCGCCGGUGCGAUGGGCCUGUGGCACACGGUUGAGUUCUUCGAGAAGGAAAAGGUCGUCGGCGAAGAGUACUACCAGCAGUGGAAUACUGUCCUUCGAGACAACACUCGUCUGUCGUACGACUGGUCGUACAUUGUGGCCUGGGCCGGUGUGGCCUGCAGCCUGCUGGCAUCGAUCCUGCUGUCCGGUGCGGCCGUCUGCCUGCGGGGCGAGCGCGAAAAGGAAGAGCAGCUCAACCUGCAGUACCUGAUGCCCGUGUAUCCCCAAAAGCAGCCCCCCUACCCGUACGGUGGUUUCCCCCAGCCCCAGCUCUAUCCGCAGCCAUACUACCACGGAUCGCAGUACGGACCGUACAACUAUUGAGUAAACCCCCUUUUCCCAAAACACCGCGAAACACCGCGAGUGGUGCGCGAGCAACAGGCGUGAUGUGCAGAGGCCGUGCUGCACAUUAAUGCUGCGCUCUGUGCCACAGUAGAGAAAACAAAACAAAAUGCAGUGCUAAAAAAACAGGAGACUUUAAGAGAGAUAGAUAGAUCGAGCGAGAGCUCGAAACGGAACAACAGCACACAAGACACAUUCUGAAAGCUUUUUCGAACGGCAUACACUUUUGAGACCGGAGCGCAGUUGCGUGCGGAUAUUGGGCGCAAAUCUGGCGGUUUGCGCAAAUGCGUGUAAGGUUGUGCCACAGCAGCCCGAAACGCGAAAUCGAAUCUAGUUGCGCUGGCAUUCUCGUUUCUCACGCACUGUCGUAACAGUGCGCGAAUGUUACAGCGUGGUAGCGUGUGGUCGUGAAAAGGAUUUUUACUCAAUACUCUCCAAUCCCACCAAGCAUAUGGCACCUCUUUCCUGGUAUAAUUCUCCCCCCGCCCGUUCCAUUCUAAACUGUUCUAUAUGUCUUCCGUAACCGGCGAGCUGUAUCGUCACCGAACGCAAUGAACAUAAUUUGGCGAUGGUUCGAUUUUCCGAACGAAGUAACCCAACAAUAACAAGAUUCGACCGCACCUUUACCACCACCCGUAUGCCAUCCGCUCCUCCAUGUGUACUAAUGAAUUGUAAUAAUCUCUGGACUGGUUUUGCAGUUGUCGUUUUUUUUUUUUUUUUUAAUGCCGUAUAGUAGUAUCCUCCUAACGUUCAUUUCAAUCUGCAAACGACUCACAUUGCAAUCUUAACGAUUUCCUCAAAUGCGAUCCACAAGUCCAACUUUCCAUGCGCGUUUCAGUGAACGUCUAUCGUAAGCUAAUGAUGAAAAUCAACCUCCCCUACUCUUGUUCCCUUUUUUUAACGUCUUGUUAGAGCAAGCUCUAUUCAUCCAGUUAGACUAUAGUUUGAACGAAACGAAUUGCCCCGUGCGCACGUGCGUUGGGUAUGUUUCUUUCUGUAUUAUGAUGCGGAUAUGCGUAGAGAUAAUGUUUAGUAGUAGUAGUAUUUACUGUUUGUACUAAGUAAAGCAGCGAUUCGGAGAGAGACAGAGAGAGAACGGAGAGAAUUAUAGGAGUUUCAGGCCGAGUAAAUUUAGUAGCUGGUAGAGCAGACAGUUGGGAAAUAAAGUGCAUUCCAUGGAAGACAGUACUGAAGGUGUGAAGGGAAUGCAAGCCAACUUAUAGUGUACUUUAUAACGAUGCAGAGCGGGAGGGAGCGAGAGUCUGUGCGAGUGCGGUGGCUAAUCGAGAAUGAAAAAUAAAGUUUAGAAUUUUUUAUUUUUAAC